CCGAAGCAGUGGGCGGCCGGCCGCGGAUUGGCUGCGCUCAGCGGCGGGCUGAGCAAUUGGGAUGAGGGGAGCAGUUGGGCCAAGAUGGCGGCCGCCGAGGGACCCUCGGGCGACGGCGAGCUGUGGCAGACCUGGCUUCCUAACCACGUCGUGUUCUUGCGGCUCCGGGAGGGACUGAAAAACCAGAGUCCAGCCGAGGCCGAGAAGCCGGCUUCUUCAUCAUUGUCUUCGUCGCCGCCGCUGCCGCCGCCGCCGCAGUUGCUGACGAGAAACCUGGUCUUGGGCCUCGGCGGAGAACUCUUCCUGUGGGACGGGGAAGGCAGCUCUUUCCUAGUGGUUCGCCUCCGGGGCCUCGGCAGCGCGGGGGAGGAGUCCUCCCUCUCCCAGUACCAGAGAUUGCUUUGCAUAAACCCACCCCUGUUUGAAAUCUAUCAAGUCUUACUAAGUCCAACACAACAUCACAUAGCACUUAUAGGAAUAAAAGGACUUAUGGUAUUAGAAUUACCUAAAAGAUGGGGGAAGAAUUCUGAAUUUGAAGGUGGAAAAUCAACAGUGAAUUGUAGUACCACUCCAAUUGCUGAGAGAUUUUUCACCAGUUCUACCUCUCUGACUCUAAAGCAUGCUGCCUGGUAUCCAAGUGAAAUGCUGGAUCCCCACAUAGUUCUGUUAACAUCAGACAAUGUAAUAAGAAUUUACUCUCUACGUGAGCCCCAGACACCCACUAAGGUCAUCGUACUUUCAGAAGCAGAAGAGGAAAGUCUAAUACUCAAUAAAGGGAGGGCAUAUACUGCAUCUCUAGGAGAAACAGCAGUUGCAUUUGACUUUGGGCCAUUGGCAGCCAUCCCGAAGAAUAUUUUUGGACAAAAAGGCAAAGAUGAAGUAGUGGCAUACCCACUGUACAUCUUAUAUGAGAAUGGGGAGACUUUCCUUACAUAUGUUAGUCUGUUACACAGCCCUGGGAAUAUCGGAAAGCUGUUAGGUCCAUUGCCUAUGCAUCCUGCGGCUGAAGAUAACUAUGGUUAUGAUGCUUGUGCUAUACUCUGCCUACCCUGUGUCCCCAACAUCUUAGUGAUUGCUACCGAGUCAGGAAUGCUCUAUCACUGCGUUGUGCUGGAAGGCGAAGAAGAAGAUGACCAAACAUCAGAAAAGUCCUGGGAUUCCAGGACCGACCUCAUUCCUUCUCUGUAUGUGUUUGAGUGUGUGGAGUUGGAGCUUGCCCUGAAACUGGCGUCUGGAGAGGAGGAUCCCUUUGAUUCCGACUUCUCUUGUCCAAUCAAACUUCACAAAGAUCCCAAGUGUCCCUCAAGAUAUCACUGUACUCAUGAAGCUGGUGUACAUAGUGUUGGACUAACUUGGAUUCAUAAACUUCAUAAAUUUCUUGGAUCAGAUGAAGAAGAUAAGGAUAGUUUACAGGAACUUGCUACAGAACAGAAAUGCUUUGUGGAACACAUCCUUUGUACAAAGCCAUUGCCAUGCAGGCAGCCAGCUCCCAUUCAAGGGUUCUGGAUUGUCCCUGACAUCCUGGGGCCCACGAUGAUCUGCAUCACCAGCACCUAUGAAUGCCUCAUAAGGCCUUUAUUAAGCACAGUCCAUCCAGCGUCUCCUCCCCUGCUUUGUACUCAAGGAGAUGUUGAAGUGGCAGAGUCUCCCCUCCGAAUUCUAGCUGAAGCCCCGGAUUCCUUUGAAAAGCAUAUAAGAAGCAUUUUGCAACGCAAUGUUGCAAAUCCAGCAUUUUUGAAAUCAUCUGAAAAAGAUACAGCCCCUCCUCCUGAAGAAUGUCUUCAGCUCAUCAGCAGAGCCACCCAGGUGUUCAGAGAACAGUACAUUCUUAAACAGGACCUGGCCAAGGAGGAGAUUCAGCGGAGGAUCAAAUUAUUAUGUGACCAAAAAAAGAAACAACUUGAAGAUCUCAAUUAUUGUCGAGAGGAAAGGAAAAGUCUGCGGGAAAUGGCUGAGCGCUUAGCUGACAAAUAUGAGGAAGCCAAAGAAAAACAAGAAGAUAUCACAAACAGGAUGAAAAAAGUACUUCACAGUUUUCAUUCUCAGCUUCCAGUUCUCUCUGAUAGUGAGAGAGACAUGAAGAAAGAAUUACAGUUGAUACCUGAUCAACUUCGACAUUUGAGCAAUGCCAUCAAACAGGUUACCAUGAAAAAAGACUAUCAGCAGCGCAAGAUGGAAAAGGUACUAAGUCCUCAAAAACCCACCAUUACCCUCAGUGCCUACCAGCGGAAGUGCAUUCAGUCCAUCCUGAAGGAGGAGGGUGAACACAUAAGAGAAAUGGUGAAGCAGAUUAAUGAUAUCCGAAAUCAUGUCAACUUCUGACACCACCAGGAACAGUCGCACCUAAAGUUAACACAAGUGAAGGCUUGAGCUCAAACUGUAAAACAAGCCAGUAGCAUUAUCUAUUUAUAAAGAGGCAUUUGGAUGAGCUUUGGUGUUAUAUUGUUCAUCAUUUUCAUACUUUACUUGUUUUAUAAUUAUUGAAUAAAUGCUUUUACUUAAAAA